CGGGACCCCAAAAGAGAGCUGGGCGUGUGCAGGGGACGCGGCUACUUGCUGGAAGCGGCGUUCCCGGUGUCGCCGAGGGUCUCGUAGGCCUGGCGUGAAAAUUGGGGCCUGGGAGUUAGUCUUGGGCGGAGGUGGAGGCACGCUGGGCCAGGGCCCGCCGUCUUCGCUCUUGCACACUCAGCUUUCGAGCGCCGAGCCGAGCGGGGUGGGCGGUGUCGCGGGCGUGAUGUCAUCGCCAGGCGUCGCGCACAUCCAGAAGGAGCCGUGACCUCUCGGCGUGGGGAGCUGCGGGACAAUGCUGCAGCUAGUACGGGCCGGGGCGCGGGCCUGGCUUCGGCCCACCGGCUGCCGGGGCCUGAACGCGCUGGCGGAAGAGGCGGUGCACCCGGCGGCGAAGCCAGAGUCAGUAGUUAGCGCUGGUCCCCAGGCGCCCGUGCUGCGCAGGUGCGAGCUCCCGGUCCCCGCGACCCGGCGUCCGGUGCAGGCGUGGGUGGAGUCCCUGCGGGACUACCAGCAGGAGCGUGUGGGUCUGGCCGAACUGCACCCCGAAGUUUUCUCCACGGCGCCCAGGAUGGAUAUCUUGCACCAGGUUGCCAUCUGGCAGAAGAACUUCAAGAGAAUUAGCUACGCCAAGACCAAAACUAGGGCCGAGGUGAAGGGUGGGGGCCGGAAGCCCUGGCCACAGAAGGGCAGCGGCCGUUCUCGGCAGGGCAGCACCCGCUCCCCGAUCUGGCGAGGAGGAGGCAUUGCCCACGGGCCCCGGGGCCCCACCAGCUACUACUACAUGCUGCCCAUGAAAGUGCGGGCGCAGGGCCUCAAGGUGGCACUGACCGUCAAGCUGGCCCAGGAUGACCUGCACGUUGUAGACUCCCUGGAGCUGCCGACUUCGGACCCCCAGUACCUGACGGAGCUGGCCCGCUACCGCCACUGGGGGGACUCUGUGCUCCUUGUGGACGCAACACACGAGGACAUGCCUCAAAACACCGUGGCAGCCACCUCCGGGCUCAAGACCUUCAACCUGAUCCCAGCCGUCGGCCUGAACGUGCACAGCAUGCUCAAACACCAGACCCUGGUCCUGACCCUGCGGACCGUCACCUUCCUGGAGGAGAAGCUGCUCUGGCAUGACUCCCGCUACACUCCCCUCUACCCUUUCCGCCUGCCUUACCGGGACCUGCCCUGAGCCACCGCCCUGGGCGCUCGGGGCCGUCGCCACCCUCCUGGGCCGCUCGGGGCCGGGUGCCUGUUCUGAGCCGGGCCGACACUGGCGGGCAUCAGAGCCCUGUGCCCACCCCGUAAGGGCUGAGGCGCCCCAGCCACCCCCCAGCCCAGUAGGAAGCUAAAGGCCACACGGAGUGGCCAAGCGGCUGUCACUGCCAGGAAGAGGUGACUUGGCAGAGAGCCUGACUCAACUCUGGCCCCAAUUUGCUCUUUCAUUUUUAAGAUAAAUUUUAUUUUCUAGUCAAGAGAAAGGGGAACAGCGCAUCGUCAUUUUGUAAAUAAUUGUGCGUGCAAUCAGGCUCUCUUCCUGAGUGCUAGGCGCCACUGCAGGUGCCUGCGGGGGGGGGGGGGGGCAGCCUCGGCGCUGUUGAUAGCAAUGACCCUCAGUCCCGCUUUCCCAGGACGACUCACACUGGAGGAGCCAGCGGCACUGCUGUCGCUAGGAGCCUGUUCCUGGUGCGUCCCCGUUCCCGAGCACUGUCACCAAGAAUUCACGUCCCUGAUGGGGUCUGUGGCAUCCUUGGUGGUGGUCCUUCCUGCCAAACCGUGGGUUUGAGUUAAAAAUAGGAUCUAAAAGUGGGAAGUGCAAACCUGAGCUGUGUUAUGAUUUCCCCUAAGCAGAGUCUGAAUCCCUGUGGUCAGUAAAUGAGCGAAUAAACAUGUUGUUUUUUUAUUUAAAAAACACCAAA